UUGAGCUUCAGAGACUCGAUCAUGACGGUUCCUCGUGGCUUAUACUGGACUCUGUGGGUGGUGGCAUGUUUUGGUCAAAGUUUUAAUCAAGAUCUUCAGUUUCCUGAGCUGACUAAUGGGGCAGUAGGAGAAAGUGUGAAGUUCACACCUGAUAAUAUACCAUCAGAGAUUUUGUCAGUUUCCUGGCAUUUUGGAGACAUUUUUAUAUUGAAUGGAAACCCUGAUUCACCCUUAAUAUUCCCAGCAUAUGAAGACAAAGUCAGUUUUGACAAAAACACUCUUGCUCUGGAGCUCUGGGACCUGAAACUGGAGGAUUCUGGAUCAUACAGUCUGACUGUGAUUACUAGUAGAGGAAAUUCACAUAAAGGAGAAACUUCGCUACAGGUGUUCGCAUUAAUCGAGGGUGAAUCAUCUGCCAACUUUACCUCAAAGGGAAACGGCAACGUCACCUCUGUGCAGUGGAUGAAAGAUAACAGUCCUCUGUCUUCUAGCAGCAGAAUCAUCUUCUCAUCUGAUAACAGAUCAGUGUCCAUCAGUCCAGUGCAGAGAUCAGACACUGGAGAAUAUCAGUGUACAUACAGUAACCCUGUCAGCUCUGAGACGGCAAAACUCAUCCUGAUCAUCAACUAUGGACCAGAAGGUGUUUCUAUUAAGGGUCCAGAUAUGGUGGAUUUAGGGGUUCAAGUGUUUUUGUCUUGCUCUGCCAAUUCUGAACCUUCUGCUUCAUUCAGCUGGACGUUUAAUGGGUCAGACACUGGUGUGACCAAAGAUGCAUUGACCAUAGAUAAGACUGACUUCACAGACAGUGGAGAAUACAUCUGUACAGCCUUAAAUAGAGUCAUAAACAGACGUGAAUCUCAAAGACAUGUUUUACUAGUUCAAGAGGGUGGUGAAGCUGGUUUGGGAGGAGGACUGUCAGCAGGAGCAAUAGCUGGGAUUGUCAUUGGAGUUUUAGUAGCAGUUGGAGGCAUCUGUGGUCUUAUUGUCUAUUUAACAAAAAACAACAAAAUUCUAAAUCAAAGACUUCAACAGAAAGGACAAGCAAGUGGAGCAGCACAAAGAGGACAGGAGCCUGACUUGCACUAUGAAGAAAUCACUGAAUCCCAGAAUGCCAAAGAAAAUAAUAUGAAUCUGGAGAAGGUCAGCGAAGCUCAAACAUAUGAGAAUGUUGAGUAUAAAAGUGAAUAUGAAAAUCUAAAACAUGGAGUUUUAAACAAGCCACAAGCUUCUGAACAUCAGGUAUCAAAUGCUCCUCCUGUACGCAGGUGAAGAAGUAAAGACACUGAAACAUCUACUGCAAAUUACAUGUAUUGUCGUAUUUCAGUAGUUUAUUUAUAGAUCUGGUAUUGAAUUCUCCAUUUGCAGAAACUGACAAUCAUCCUCAAAUUCACACCACACUCUGCUAAUAAGAAAUGCUCUGUGACUGUUAUUAAUGUAGGCCGAGCUUAUUAAUGAGUUGAAUUAUCUUGUGACUGUUAUUAAUGUAGGUUGAGCUUAUUAAUGAGUUGAAUUAUCUUAUUUCCAAUCAUGUUCAUUAUCAUUACCAAGCAUUGUGAUUGAUAUAAAACUGUUUUAUCUAUAAUAAAUGUACAAUUAAAUUUGCUUUUUUUUAUAAAGAGCACAUGUAGUGUGACAUUGCACAAACUGGAUUUUUAAAGUAUUUGACUGUGCUUAAGUAUUUAAGUCUGAAUACAACAAAGAAUAAAUAAUUGUUGUUUGCUGUUGUUGCUGAAA